AUGGAUGCUGCUCGCAAAGCGCUAGUCAUGUUCAUUGCCUCAUUUUAUGACACGCUAAGUGGCGAUUUUGCCAAAUUUCACGAAGAGACUGGCGACUUCAUGGUUGACUUGGCUUGUGAGUUGGUGAGACUGCUUCGGUCAUGCAAAGAUGAUCUUGGAAACAAGAACUCCGAAAUCCACACUCCAAAAGGCCAAACACGAAGGAGAGGACAAAGUUACCUGUGA